GUGGAAUGAAAAGAAGUGACGAUCGUGAAGCGUCAAGUAAACUCCGCGCUUGAUGCAGGUAUCCAAUCGAGGUGAAAAAUUGGAGAACAAUUAACGCAGUUGUGCAAUAUUUAUCGCGGAACCUGCGUGCGGUAAAUUUACCGGAGGCGAUUGCUUGCACUUGACAAGCAUACUUCGUGCUAUGCUUGUUUGUCGCCUGAUUUUUCGUUGAAAUUCACCGGCAGCUGAGAAGUCAACGUCCAAGAUGUCUGACGCCGAAGAAGAUUUCAUGUGCGAAGACGAGGAAGAUUACGGAUUGGAGUAUUCAGAGGACAGCAACUCUGAGCCUGACGUGGACUUGGAGAACCAAUACUACAAUUCGAAAUCACUGAAGGAAGAUAAUCCCAACUCGGCACUUGCUUCCUUCCAAAAGGUUUUGGAUCUAGAGGGUGGCGAAAAGGGAGAAUGGGGUUUCAAGGCACUCAAGCAGAUGAUCAAAAUUAAUUUCAAGCUGAGUAACUACAAAGAGAUGAUGGUUAGAUACAAGCAGUUGUUGACGUACAUCAAGAGCGCGGUAACCAGAAAUCACAGCGAGAAAUCAAUCAAUUCAAUUCUGGACUACAUCUCAACUUCAAAAAAUAUGGAAUUGCUGCAGGACUUUUAUGAAACCACCCUAGAAGCAUUGAAAGAUGCCAAGAAUGAUAGAUUAUGGUUUAAGACAAACACUAAAUUGGGGAAAUUGUAUUUUGAUAGGGAGGACUACACAAAGCUAGCCAAGAUUCUAAAGCAACUUCACCAAUCAUGCCAGACUGACGACGGAGAGGAUGACCUGAAAAAGGGCACCCAGCUGUUGGAAAUUUACGCCCUUGAGAUUCAAAUGUACACAGCUCAGAAGAAUAAUAAGAAGCUCAAAACUUUGUACGAGCAGUCACUGCACAUCAAAUCGGCCAUCCCUCACCCCCUAAUUAUGGGCGUCAUUAGAGAGUGCGGAGGAAAGAUGCACCUGAGAGAAGGAGAGUUUGAGAAAGCGCAUACGGACUUCUUUGAGGCUUUUAAGAAUUACGAUGAGUCAGGAAGCCCGAGACGAACGACUUGCCUCAAAUACUUAGUGCUUGCGAAUAUGUUAAUGAAGUCAGGCAUCAACCCGUUUGACUCGCAAGAAGCGAAACCCUACAAGAAUGACCCCGAAAUCCUAGCGAUGACGAACCUUGUGUCAGCCUACCAAAACAAUGACAUCAAUGAAUUUGAGAAGAUCCUCAAGGAGAAUCGCAAAAAUAUUAUGUAUGAUCCCUUCAUUCGGGAGCACAUUGAAGAUCUCUUGAGGAACAUCAGAACUCAGGUGCUGAUCAAGCUCAUCAAGCCUUACACUAGAAUACACAUCCCGUUCAUCUCGAAAGAGCUGAACAUUGAUGCCAAUGAGGUCGAAAGUCUCCUAGUUUCAUGCAUUCUGGACAAUGUGAUUAGAGGAAGAAUUGACCAGGUUAACCAAGUGCUGGAGCUGGACAGGCAGUCGCUGGGCGCUGACAGGUACUCCGCGCUGGACAAGUGGACCGGCCAGCUGGGCAGCCUGCACCAGGUGGUGGCCAACAAGAUGGCCUAGCCGCAAGGGUCGUGGCCGCUGUGCCAGUGAUGCGGACACAAAACACACAUUUAAGUUAACUGCGAUUCGUGACUGAGCCAGUGGUCGUUCGUUCAAUCAUUUCUCCAUCUUCUCCAUCGAUAUACGUUACAAAACAAACAAAAAACACUGCAGCCUGUUCUUGUGAUUGAGAAUGACAUGAUGACCCGCUAUUGUAUCGCUACUGCUACUUUUUACCCUUGGUUGAGCGGAGAGAAGAUGACACAAAAAAGAUAUGUUUUAGGAGUGAAUUAUGUUUUCCGCGCUUCCAGCCGUUCUGAUAUUCUGAACGCUGAUUCCGAAGCUAAUUUCUUUCAAGCUAAAUUUCAUUGUUUCGGUCGCAAAUCCUGUCGGAGGAUAUGGACUUGUCCUUCGCUUAAAAGCCUUUUCAUUAUAAAAUAAAAAUCAAGACAAAGCGUUAAAUGUACAGGUAUCAGUUGUAAUUUUAACAUCCAUGAGAGGAAUAUUCAAAUGCACUUGAGGUGAUUUCAGAUGUCAUACCGCAUAGGCUAUUAAUAAAUUUAUAUUAAUUAAAA